AGCGAGUGAAGGUGGUGGAGGUGGGACCCCGCGAUGGGCUCCAGAACGAGAAGAAUCUUGUGCCCACCCCAGUGAAGAUCAAUUUAAUCAACAUGCUGUCAGAGACAGGGCUGCAGGUCAUAGAGGCCACCAGCUUCGUGUCCCCCAAGUGGGUCCCUCAGAUGGCUGAUCACACCGAGGUGCUGCAGGGCAUCAGGAAAUCGCCUGGGAUCAGUUACCCCGUGCUCACCCCAAACCUCAGGGGCUUCCAGGCAGCGGUGGCAGCAGGGGCCAAAGAGGUGUCGAUCUUUGGGGCAGCAUCCGAGCUCUUCACCCAGAAAAACAUCAACUGCUCCAUCGAGGAGAGCCUGGAGAGGUUUGAGGAGGUGAUGAGGGCAGCCAAGGAAGCCAGCAUUCCUGUCAGGGGAUACGUUUCCUGUGUGCUUGGAUGUCCCUACGAAGGGAAGAUUUCUGCAGCUAAAGUUGCAGAGGUCUCCAAGAAGAUGUACUCCAUGGGGUGCUACGAGAUCUCCCUGGGGGACACCAUCGGCGUGGGCACCCCGGGCUCCAUGAGGGAGAUGCUGGCAGCGGUGAUGAAGGAGGUGCCCGUGGGGGCUCUGGCUGUUCACUGCCAUGACACCUAUGGCCAGGCCCUGGCCAACAUCCUGGUGGCCCUGCAGAUGGGGGUGAGCGUGGUGGACGCAUCCGUGGCCGGCCUUGGGGGGUGUCCCUAUGCCCAGGGAGCCUCUGGGAACGUGGCCACAGAGGACCUGGUGUACAUGCUCAACGGGCUGGGCAUCCACACGGGGGUGGAUCUGCAGAAGCUGAUGGACACAGGCACCUUCAUCUGCAAUGCCCUGAACAGAAAAACCAACUCCAAGGUGUCUCAGGCCUCCUGCAGACUGUGACACUGAGUGGGCAUUCUCCUUGGAUCAAGAACCUGAGGAUCCAGCCCUGGCUGGGCUUCCUGUCUGACCUCCUGAGUUCCUUCCUGCCUCAGCAUUUGAGAGGAAGCUCAAAAUCCACCAGAAUUAGGAAGAAGUGAGAAAAUCUCCUGUUAGAUUGUGCUCUGUUGGACCUUGAGGCUGUCCCCAUGUGCCUUGGAGACGGGAGGACGUGGAGGGGCACAGGAGAGCCCUGAGCACAGACUUUGCAGUUGGAGCUCAGCUCCAGCUCAGGCUGCCCCUUCUCCCCUCUCUCCCCUCAGCCUUCAGGGCUGUGUGUGCUGCUGCUCUGUGUAUCUGUUGUAAGAUACCCUCACACACCAGGAGUAAUAAACACAUUAUUUAAUAAUCUGAA